AUGGGCGCAUUCCCAUCGUUCUUUGCUUUAUUGUUGUUUUUCCUGUGCGCCCAUGCUGAUGUCGACGCCUACUACCAGUCGACUAAGUUCGAAACUGGCCAAGCAGGGAAAUGGCCUACUCAGCGUUUCAAAUCGAGCCGCGCGAUAGCGCCAGUCCUGGAUUUCGUUCAAUACGGACAAGCCUGUAGAGAUGGAUUGUAUACAUUUAUUGCGCCGCGGGGAGACAGCGUUUCUUCAGCUGGCCCUAUGAUUCUCGACCAAGAUGGCCAUCUCGUGUGGACCGAGGUUAGGGGCCAGACGUACGGCAUGGAUAUGCAGACCUACAAGGGUGAGAAUUUCGUGACUUUCUGGACGGGCGAUGACACGAUUGUCGGACAUGGACAGGGCUCAUAUUACAUGCUCAAUAGUAACUACCAACCUCAAUAUGUAUUCAGGGGCGCGAAUGGACUGCGCGGCGACCUACACGAAUUCCACAUCACCGUCAAUGACACGGCCGUCUAUACAAUCUACGACAAGAUUCCCGCCGAUCUGUCGUCUGUGGGUGGGCCCAAAAAGGGAUGGCUGUGGGAUGGGACAUUCCAGGAAGUUGAUGUUGAAACAGGAGAGCUAUUGUUCCAGUGGCGAGCCUCACAACAUCUCCCUUUCGACGAAGCUUACCGAAGUCGCGAAGGCCACGGGAAUCACGCCUCGGAUCCCUGGGACUUCUUCCACAUUAAUAGCAUAGACAAAGACGAGAAGGGUAACUUCCUCAUAUCCAGCCGCAACUAUUUCUCACUCACAUACAUUGACGGCCGAACUGGUAAAAUCAUCUGGAAGCUGGGCGGCAAAGCAAAUAUGUUCAAGGAUCUGUCUGACGGUGCUGCCACUAACAUGAGCUGGCAACACCAUGCACGAUGGAGAGACGGCGGUAAAAGCAUCACACUUUUUGACAAUUCUGGACGCGGUGAAGGCGCGCCCAUUCAUCCAAGUCGCGGUCUUUGGAUCGAUGUUGACCAGGAAAACAUGACCGCCAAAGUCCGCGGUCAGUAUUGGAACCCCACGCCUAUCAGCAGUCAGUCACAGGGCUCAGUGCAGCUGCUAGAAAAUGGCAAUGUGCUAGUCGGGUAUGGGUUCAAUGCUGCGUGGACGGAAUUCAACCCAGAUGGAGAGGCUGUAUGCGAGGUUCAUAUGGGACCAAAGAAGUUCUUUGACCAAGGGCACGUUAUUUCCUAUCGAGCGUUUAAAUAUCCUUGGGUCGGCAAGCCAACGUCAAAUCCAGAUUGGGUGGUCCUGGACAAGAAGGGGAAUACUGGGUACGUUAGCUGGAAUGGUGCUACAGAAGUCAAGACAUGGAUUCUUGAGGGAUCGAAUGCAGCCAAACCGGAACAUGACACAGGGCCAUUUGUCUUCCUGUCUGCUAUGCCGAAGACUGGUUUCGAAACUACGGUUUCUAUUCCUGAGGGCAACAUCUACAAGCAACUACGAGUGGUUGGCCUCGAUAAAUUAGGCAACCAACUGGGUGCGUCGAGAUUCGUUGAAGUCGAAGCGAGUAAUUCAACAACGGAUGAUUCAGAAGACUUCCCCAUUAUUGAAGACGGCAACAAGAGCGGCCACGACAGUGAUAAAAGAAUGCUACGGUUUAUAUUCUUCCUUGUCGGAUUCAUUACAUGCGCUGGCACAUGUGGCUUUGUCAUUGCCUCUAACUGGGCAAUAAGAGCCUACUAUUUCCGUCGACAGAACGGCAGUCCAGCGAGAGGUAACUGGUGGAAUAAUCUUCGAUUUGGCCGUGUAAAGUCAGGCGAUGAUGAUCAUGAUGACGAUAUCGAAGAUCUGUGCAGUGAGAUGAAUGAACUAAUCGCUGCUCAUGCAGAUGAAUUUGAACUGGGAGACGACGAUUCUCAGGAAGAUAUCGAAGAACGGAGAGCGGAGGACGGUGAAAUGGACGAAGGUAAUAUUUGA